CGACAUAGCCGUUUUAUAGUUUUGAAAAUAUGAGAUGAUGAUAGUGAUUAUUAUUACAUUAUUAUGAUAUUUAAGGUUUAAUUAAUCUACAAAAUUUGUAUUCAGAGGGUUUCUUUUUCUCUCUCUCUUCUUCGUGAAUUCUCGUUGUUCUGCCAUAAUCGUCAUUUUGUAUUGUGUGUGGUUACUCGUUGGAAGAACUCGGUUUCAGAUCUGAAUCGCUAUCCUUUGGCAGAUCUCGAGUCGUUGCAUUCUCUGUUCAAUUCCCACACUUUCAGCGCGUGCGAACAGAUCUUGAAAAUUGGCGCCUCAACGACGUUCGCAGCGCCACGUCGGUGGCCAGAUGCCGCAGGGCAAUGCCGCCGCCGCCGCCGCCGCCGCUCUCUUGGACCACGCCGCCGAUGCCGGCGACGCCGUCAUGGCGCGGUGGUUGCAGUCUGCCGGCUUGCAGCAUCUUGCCUCUCCCCUCGCUUCCACCGCCAUCGAUCAUCGACUCCUCCCCAACCUUCUCAUGCAGGGUUAUGGAGCUCAGUCUGCUGAAGAGAAGCAGAGGCUUUUAAAGUUGAUGAGAAACCUCAAUUUUAAUGGGGAAUCUGGUUCAGAGCCAUAUACUCCCACUGCCCAAACUUUAGGUGGAGUGGCUGCGUCCGAUGGGUUUUAUUCUCCUGAUUUCAGGGGUGAUUUUGGAGCCGGGCUUUUGGAUCUUCAUGCUAUGGAUGAUACAGAGCUUUUGUCUGAGCAUGUGAUUUCAGAACCUUUUGAGCCAUCACCCUUCAUGCCUGGUGAUACUAGAGUAUUUGAAGACGAUUUCAAUCCAAUAAACAGCAAGGAAAGUGGGGAAGCAGAUCCUGAUGCAUCAAUUUCCUUACCCAUGAAUGAAAAAGAGAAUAGCACCAGGGAAAAUAAUGUUGCUAAGAUUAAAGUUGUGGUACGCAAAAGACCUUUAAACAAGAAAGAGCUUGCUAAGAAGGAGGAUGACAUUGUAACUGUAUCUGACAAUGCAUAUUUGACAGUCCAUGAACCCAAACUAAAGGUUGAUUUGACGGCUUAUGUGGAGAAGCAUGAGUUUUGUUUUGAUGCUGUGCUUGAUGAACAUGUUACCAACGAUGAAGUAUACGGAACUACAGUUGAGCCAAUCAUUCCUACAAUUUUUCAGCGAACCAAAGCUACCUGUUUUGCUUAUGGUCAGACAGGAAGUGGCAAAACAUACACUAUGCAACCUUUACCACUCAGAGCUGCGGAAGACCUUGUUCGGCAGUUGCAUCAGCCAGUUUAUCGGAAUCAGAGAUUUAAAUUGUGGCUUAGCUACUUUGAGAUAUACGGGGGAAAGCUUUUUGAUCUUCUUAGUGACAGAAAGAAACUGUGUAUGAGGGAGGAUGGACGGCAGCAAGUUUGCAUUGUAGGACUGCAAGAAUUUGAAGUUUCUGAUGUACAAAUUGUCAAAGAAUUCAUUGAAAAGGGAAAUGCUGCAAGAAGUACAGGAUCCACUGGUGCUAAUGAGGAGUCUUCCAGGUCACAUGCUAUCUUACAACUGGCUGUAAAGAAGCACAAUGAAGUGAAAGAGAACAAGCGGAACAAUGAUGGGAAUGAGGCAAGAAAUGGGAAGGUUGUGGGGAAAAUUUCUUUUAUUGAUCUUGCUGGAAGCGAACGAGGUGCUGACACUACUGAUAAUGAUCGACAGACACGGAUUGAAGGAGCAGAAAUUAAUAAGAGCCUUCUGGCAUUGAAGGAGUGCAUUCGUGCUUUAGAUAAUGACCAGAUCCAUAUUCCAUUUCGGGGAAGCAAACUUACAGAAGUGCUUCGUGACUCCUUUGUGGGUAAUUCAAAGACUGUUAUGAUCUCUUGUAUAUCUCCAGGUGCUGGGUCUUGUGAACACACACUUAAUACCUUGAGAUACGCAGAUCGGGUUAAAAGUCUAUCCAAAAGUGGUAAUCCUAGAAAGGAUCAGGUCCCAAAUCCUGUACCACAAACUAACAAGGAGGUUUCAUCUGCAUCAUCCCUUCCAGCUAGUUCUGGUGCAGAAGACUUUAAUGAUCAACGUCUAGAGAAAGCAAUGGAUAUGGGCAGGAAAUUUGUUGAAAAGGAAAAUUCUUUGUACAGCUCUACUGCUUCUGUUGACAAACAGCCAUUGAAUUUUUCUUCAAAUUACCCAUUAAAUGGGCGAGAGGAAAAAGGUUUGGCUUCUGGUUCAAUGGACAGGGAGAGGUUCGAACUGAAGAGCUCUCACAAUGACUCUACCAGUCAAAAGAUGAACUCCUAUUCACAAAGUGAUACAGAUGAGAAAGUGCAAAAAGUGUCUCCCCCACGCAGAAAAGGGUCCAAGGAUGAAAGGUCUGAAAGGCCUGCAAACUGGAUGAAAAGGGAUGCCAACGGUUCUGAUCUCUUCACUACAAGCUCCAAGCAGCAGAGCACAGGGACUUAUAACACUCUGUCUAAGGAUGAAAAGUCUGAAAGGCCUACAAACUGGAUGAAAAAAGAUUCCAAUGGUUCUGAUCUCCUCAGUACAAGCUCCAAGCAGCAGAGCACAGGGAAUUAUAGCACUGUGUCUAAGGAUGAAAAGUCUGAAAGGGCUACAAACUGGUUGAAAAGGGAUGCCAAUGGUUCUGAUCUCUUCACUACAAGCUCCAAGCAGCAGAGCACAGGGAGUUACAGCACUGCAUCAAAGGAUGAAAUCUCUGAAAGACCUGCAAACUGGAUGAAAAGGGAAGCCAACGGCUCUGAUCACUUCACUACAAGCUUGAAGCAGCGGAGCGCAGGGAAUUAUAACACUGUUACCACAGGAUCCAGGCUUUAUGAAGCAGAAUCUUCUCCUGAUGGGAAUAUAAGUGCAGUUCUUGAGGAGGAAGAAGCACUAAUUGCUGCUCAUCGGAAAGAAAUUGAGGAUACAAUGGAGAUUGUUCGUGAAGAAAUGAAACUUUUGGCAGAAGUUGACCAACCGGGAAGCCUUAUUGAUAACUAUGUAACCCAAUUAAGCUUUGUACUUUCGCGCAAAGCGGCUAGUCUAGUGGGUCUUCAAGCUCGCCUUGCAAGAUUUCAACAUCGACUAAAAGAACAAGAAAUUCUAAGUGGGAAAAGAGUUCCCCGUUAAUAACAGACUACUUUUCUUAUUGAAUGUGAUCUGUAAUGUAUUAUCUUGUUUUUUAGCAAUAUAGUUGAAAGGUUUUGUUUGAUAUAAAUAAAUAUUUUGUUGGAUGUAUUCUAAUUGAAUUUACUUACAUGUCAUGUAUAUGCCCUUGUGUGACAUUUUGGGGCCCCCUCAUGCCUUUGCAAAUUUGGAUGUAAUCUAUGUAGGUUAUCUACCCCGUUGUUAAAAAAAGAAAAGCUGCCCCAAAAUUUUUAGGUUGAGGCUAAAAUAAAUAAAAUGAUGCGGAU